UUAGUAGAGAAGUUUUUUUAUGCUAUUACAAGUUACAUUUUUCCAUAAGGCAAAUGGUAUUGGUACAAAUCCACUAUACCUGACCAAUAAGCAAGGUAAAUAACUUUAUCUAAUGGCAUAUUUAUAAAGGUUCAAGUCUGACCACUUAUCAGAAACAGAUCUCGAUCCAAUCAAUCACAAAAAUAACAAUGAUCAUUAAUUUAAUGGAAUGUGAAAUUAUCAGCAAUUAUUGUGUUAAAUAAUAAUCAGUUAAUUUUUUAUCAAAAGACAAAGUAUGAAGAAAGUAAAGGUAAAAAUGUGUUUGGUUUUAUGUUUUAGAAAGUAUAUUAUCAAGUACACAUAUUCACAUAAGGAAUCGGACUAACUGAAAUUAAUUGACGUUUUAAUUGGCUUGCAAACUCGGCGUUAGGGUUGUGUCCUGCGCUUUUCAAGAACUGUGAUUUAAAGUUGGUAAUCAUAAAAAAAAUAUUAAGAGCGUCGCAUAAAUUGUUUUACACAAGGAACUGUGAAUUUUAGCAUUGUCCCUAUUGCCGUCUUUAUCAUCUACAUUUUCUCAAAAAAAUCAUUUGAACAUUUGAAUGCGAUCUAAGUAGUCAGAUAUCUAAUACGUCAAAAUGUGUGCUGCUAAAUCAUAUAUUACAAAGCUUGGGUUCUCCACAUAUUGAUUCUUUUAACUAUAUGAUAGAAGAAGGAUUAAAUCUAGCUGUUUCAGAUUUAUUACCUGUAGAAUUUGAUACAAAAGGAAAUUAUCGAGUUAAGCUAACAUUAUUGGAAGCAAUUAUACACGAACCUCGUGUACCAACAGGAUCACUUGGUGUUACUUCUCAUAAUAUAUACCCUUUAGAAUGUCGCCAACGUCACAGUACUUAUUCUGGAAGAUUAGAAGUAAAAUUGAGUUGGUCUGUAAAUGGAGAAGAGCAAAAGAUUAUAGAUCGUGAUAUUGGUCAAGUACCAAUAAUGUUGAAAUCAAAACUUUGUCAUUUGUCAAAAAUGAAUCCUGAACAACUAGUUAGCAAAGGAGAACAUCAAGAUGAAUGGGGAGGUUAUUUUGUAGUGAAAGGCAAAGAACGUUUAGUACGUUUAUUAUUAGGAACUAGAAGAAAUUUUCCUACUGCAGUUAAAAGGAACACGUGGAAAAAUCGUGAUCAAGGUUUCUCAGAUAUUGGUAUCAUGAUCAGAUGUGUAAAAGAUGACUUAACUACUGUAACUAAUACACUACAUUAUUUAACUGAUGGUACAGCUAAAUUAAUGAUACCAAUAAAAAAAAAAAUAUUUUACGCACCUGUAUUUUUGAUUUUGAAAUGUUUAACAAAUAGUUCUGAUGAAAAUAUUUUUCGACAUAUCAUUAAAGGUUAUGAAGAUGAUUUAUAUUUUAAAGGGUCUAUUAUGGAAAUGAUGAGAUCAUUACAUGAGAAUAAUGUACAUAGUCAAGAAGAUGCAAUUGAAUAUAUUGGAACCAUGUUUAGACCAAAGUUUCCUGAAUUACCUGAAUGGAAAACCAAUAAAGAAGUGUGUGAUUAUAUGAUGAGGAGCUAUGUUUUAAUACAUUUGCAUAAAGAUUAUGAUAAAUUUAAACUACUAUCAUUUAUGUUACAAAAGUUAUUUUCAGUAGCUCAAAAUAAAUAUUUAUUAGAGGGAGCUGAUGGAGUAAUGAUGCAAGAACUAAUGCUUGGUGGUCAUCUUUAUUUAAAAAUUUUCAAAGAAAAAUUACAAAUGUGGUUAGGCUUAAUAAAAAUUAAUUUAUUGAAGUUUGAUCAAGGGGGUCUGCCAUCUAUUGGUGAUAUGAUGACUGCAUUAAAAAGAUGUGAUUUUAUAGAACAUACAAUGAAUAGUUUUUUUGCUACUGGUAACCUACUAAGCUCAUCUGGUUUAGGAAUGCAACAAGAUAAAGGAUUAACAAUAUUAGUGGAAAAUAUCAGUAGAAUGCGUUAUAUGGCUCAUUUCCGUGCUGUACAUAGAGGUGCUAUAUUUGAGUCUAUGAGAACAACUGAACCUAGAAAACUGUUACCUGAUGCCUGGGGCUUUAUAUGUCCUGUUCAUACACCUGAUGGAACACCUUGUGGGCUUUUAAAUCAUUUAACUAAAUCUUGUGUUGUAACAAAAUCUAUUAAUAAAAAAAUAUUAAGAGAUAUACCCAAAGUAUUAAAAUCUCUUGGUAUGUGUGAUAUUUCUUAUAAACCUCAAGAUGUUAGUAUUGGAUAUGAAUAUACUGUUAUUCUUGAUGGUCGAUUAGUUGGCUAUGUCCCUGAAACAAUUAUGGGUUUAUUUAUUAAAAAGCUGAGAAUGCUUAAAGUUCAAGGAAAACUGAUUCCAGAUACUACUGAAAUAGUAUGGUUACAAAAAAAUAAUGACAAUGUUUUAAGUCAAUUUCCUGGUUUAUUUUUAUUCACUGGAAGUGCUAGAAUGAUGAGACCUGUGUUAAAUUUAGAAUUAAAACGUGUAGAGCUUGUUGGUACAUUUGAACAAGUUUAUCUUGAUAUCAGUAUUUCAGACGAGGAGAUUAGACCUAAAAUAACAACUCAUAGAGAAAUUACCAAAACAGAUUUUCUUAGUCAUUUAGCAUGUCUUAUACCUCUACCAGAUUACAAUCAAAGUCCUCGUAAUAUGUAUCAGUGUCAAAUGGGUAAACAAACAAUGGGUACUGCUUGUCAUAAUUGGCAUUUACAAUCUGAAACUAAAUUAUACAGACUUCAAACUCCAGCAUCACCAUUAUUUAGACCAUUACAUUAUGAUGAAUUGUCAAUGGAUGAUUUUGCAAUGGGUACAAAUGCUAUAAUAGCUGUGAUAUCUUAUACGGGAUUUGAUAUGGAAGAUGCCAUGAUAAUUAACAAAAUGGCUUUAGACCGUGGGUUUGCUCAUGGUUCCAUUUUCAAAACUGAAAUGAUUGAAACCCAACCAAAUACAUAUUUUAUGCUUGAUCCAAAUAAAGAAGGACUUAGUGAAUUUUUAGGAUCAGAUGGGCUUCCCCAUGUAGGUUUAGUAUUAAAAAAAGGAACACCUUAUUAUAGUUUUUUUAAUGAGCAAACACAAGGGUUUAUUGUUGCCAAAUAUUCAAGUAGUGAAGAAGUAAUUGUAGAUUCAGUUCGUCUAUGUGGAGAUUUUACUACUGGGCGGAAAAUACCUAACAAAGCUACAAUAACUAUUAGAGUUCAAAGGAAUCCAACUGUUGGUGAUAAAUUUGCUAGCAGAGCUGGGCAAAAAGGUAUAUUCAGUAAAGGUUGGCCAGCUGAAGAUUUACCUUUUACAGAAAGUGGAAUGGUACCCGAUAUUGUUUUUAACCCUCAUGGAUUUCCUUCAAGAAUGACUAUUGCUAUGAUGAUAGAAUGUAUGGCAGGAAAAUCAGCUGCAGUGCAUGGUGUCGUUCAUGAUGCUACACCCUUUAAGUAUAGUGAAGAUGAUACAGCAAUUGAUUACUUUGGACAAUUAUUACAAGCUGGUGGAUAUGACUAUUUUGGUACAGAACAAAUGUAUAGUGGAGUAGAUGGUAGAGAAAUGAAAGCAGCAAUAUUUUUUGGUGUAGUACAUUAUCAAAGAUUAAGGCACAUGGUAUCAGACAAAUGGCAGGUACGUAGUACAGGCCCCGUAGAUGCAGUAACUAAACAACCAGUUAAAGGUAGAAAAAGAGGGGGAGGUGGUAGAGUUGGUGAGAUGGAAAGAGAUGCAUUAAUUUCUCAUGGUACUCCCUUUUUAAUGCAAGAUCGUUUUAUGGAUUGUUCUGACAAAUCAACUGCUCUUAUUUGUAUGAAAUGUUUUUCAAUUCUAACACCCAUGAUACAUUUUAAAGAAGAUAGCUAUGCAAGUAAAAUAGCAUUAUGCAGGAUUUGUAAUUCCAAAAGUAUACAAGAAAUUGGGAUUCCGAAUGUUUUUAGAUAUUUAUGUUCUGAACUUGCUGCCAUAAAUAUUAAACUAAAAUUCAAUAUUGAAGUGUAAUUUUAAAUAUUUGAAUAAAUGAUUUUUUACUCGAUAGU